AACACUUGUCCCAUCUGGUUUUUUACGAAACAGUGCCCUCGGUACAUCACGAGCAGAAGGAGUUCGAGCCGAAUUUAACGUUGUCUUCAAUCAGAACGCUACAGAUCCCCCAUCAAAUAAUGAGGUUUUUAUGACCCUCCAGACUGCAGUGAGUGAUCCCACCAACUCCUUCAACGUGAGCAUAAAUCCCAGCUCAGUCACCGUAGUAGCAGGCCCAGUUGCAACUCCAACUACAACUGCUGCACCUACCACUGCCGCAGCUACUACUGCUGCACCUACAACUGCUGCCCCUACAACUGCUGCACCUACAACUGCUGCACCUACAACUGCUGCACCUACAACUGUAGCAAGGCUAACUUUCAGAUCUGUUCGGGACACAUUUACAAACGACUUGCUGAAUUCAUCUUCUGCAGCUUUUAUGAAUCGAGCUACAAUGAUAGUAAACCAGCUUACACCUAUUUUCCAAAGGGAAUUCCCUACCGGCUUUAAAUCCUUGAAUGUGGUGUCAUUCAGCAAUGGAUCCAUCAUCAACACUGUUGACUCUGUCUUUGAAAGCACAUCUGCUCCCAAUGACACUCAGAUUGUAAGUGCGUUGACCAGCGCUUCAGCCGUCACCACCUUUGACAUUGAAACCAGCUCCAUCACUGUGAAUGGCAUAUCUUCAAGUGGAGUAAGCCACAAGAUCAGUCUGGUCACGGCAUGCUGCCUGGUACUGUUGUCAUGGCUACUGUCCAGCCAGCAAUAACAUCAGUGCUGAUAUCUAUCUGAAUUGCCACCAGAACAUUACUGCCAUCACUGGUAUGAAAAAGGACUAUGUUGUCAGUAAAAAUCCAUGAUUCAUUAUUGUCUAAGUCUUGUACAGCUUCAGAUGAUUUAACCAUCAAAUUGAACUUUCCACUGACCGGACAAAGUCAUGACAGUGGAUUAGGUAUGUCUGUCGAACUCAACACACUUCUGUGUGGGAAUGUCCAGGAUCCUCGGCCAGACAGAAUGACACAGCCAACUUUAAGCACCUGGUCCACUGAGUCAUCGCUAGAAUAAUAAACAAAAAAAUAUACCAUUAAGCCCUGGGAUGUCAGAAAAUAAAGUGCUACAGCAAUAUUUUACUUAGUGACAGUUACUAAUUCUGUUUUGUUUAGUCAUGCCAAACAAGUAAUCAAGUCCAAGAACACAAGUGAAACCAGCUGCAUUGAAAGGUAAAACCUUAAAUCACUCUAACCAUUGUCUGAAAACAGCUGCAGAUUUAUUUUAAUACAUGCAGAUUGAGCAAUGUCUCCUCUUUAAGAAAAAAAAAAGAUAGGUCUUUGUAAUUUGUAUAAGAUCAUUCAAAAUGGCGUAGUUUUACUUUGAGCUUAAAA